AUGCCUGGAUACGUAGGCAAACGCGACACGCUCCAAUCCGAGGAGCCCCGUCCCAUCACGAGACUCGAGCCGGAAUGCAGUCUUUUCCAGCUGCUCGAAGAGCUUUCAUCUCGAACGCAAUCGGUCCUACAACGCCUUAAGAGUCUCAAUAGCUGGUCUCCUCCGGAGAGUGCCGAAACACUCCUCAUGGUCAGCGAGUGGCAUCUGGACACCCAGUCUGACGUAACAUCCUUGGUGAAUCCAUCGAUAUCCACCUUGGAGAAGCUCAAUCGACUCAUCGAAAUGGUCAGGUCGAGAGAUGCUCUCCCUGCUCGCCGAAUGGCCAGAGCAAACGUUUUCAGGCUGCAACAUUGGAUUCUAUCUGGACUCUUGAAGUCUUCCGGUGGGACCAAGGUGACCUUGGCCCAGAGAGACGAUGUUGAUAUUGCUGUCGAGUACCAGACUUUGCAGACAUAG